AUGGCCAUUCCCAUAUGCUCAUUUUCUAAGCAUACACCAACAAUCCCAACUAUUUCAAUCUCCUCUUAUCCUUGUACAAAUUCACAUCUCAAACCAAUCAAUUAUGGCUGUCCUCCUGCCACAAGCCAUUCUUCUUCAGUUUCCAGUCUUAAUUUGGUCUCAGACGAAGCGUUAACAAUGGCUACUACGGGUGUGGACGCUACUAGAGUGGCGUUGGAGUUUGCGAAGGAAAUGGAAAAGAUUUUCGAUAACAAAGGGAACGAAAAUGAGGUCGAGAGAGAUUGGUGUAAAGGGGUUGCAGAGAGAAGGAAGAGAAGAAGAAAAAGAAGAAGGGACUUAGAAUGUCUGGAGCAUGAGAAAGAUGAAAGGCUUGUAUUUUUCAAGGCUGCCAAGAAGCAGUCAAACUUGACACCUAAAGAAGAGGCAAAGUUUUCUUGGUAUCUUAAGGAAAGAGAAAGGGUUGAAGCUGUGAGAAAGAAAAUAGCAGACAUGGGAGAAGAAGAAUUAACCUCAAGUCAAUGGGCUAAGGCUGCAGGAAUCACUCAGCAAAGGCUUGAAUAUAUUUUAUGUAAAGGGAGAGAAUCACAGGAACGAAUUUGCAGAUGUUAUCAGAGACUUGUUAUAUCAGUUGCUAGAUCUUAUCAAGGAAAAGGGUUGAGCUUGAAAGAUUUAAUUCAGGAAGGAAGAAUUGGGCUGAUUCGAGGGGCGAUAAGAUUUAACCCGAAGAGGGGCUGUAAGUUAUCCACAUAUGCUUACUGGUGGAUUAGGCAAGCUAUUAGCAGAGCCAUAGCCAACAAAUCAACGAUUUUCCGAUUGCCGGGCAGCAUUAGUGAGCUGGUACCGAAGAUUUGCGAGGCAAACAAUGACUUAAGCCGAAGGCUACAGAGAUAUCCUACAUAUGAUGAGAUUGCAGCAGCCAUUGACGUGGAUGCUUCAAUUAUAAGAAUUGCUCUUGAAAGAAACAGAAGUCCAAUAUCUCUGGAUCAAGCUAUAACCUCCCAAGGUUGCAUGUCUUUGCAGGACAUCAUACCGGGGCCAAAUGAAACGACACCAGGUGCAAUGGAGAAGAAAGUGAUGUUAAAAAGAGAAAUGCAAAAGCUUCUUAACGUGUUGUGUGAUAGAGAGGAAAAUGUCUUAAGACUACACUAUGGCCUUAAUGGCUGCACUCCAUGGUCCUUUGAAGAGAUAGGAAAUUUGUUUAAACUUUCAAGGGAGAGGAUUCGGCAGAUUAAUAGCACUGCAUUGUUUAAAUUACAAAGGACUAGUGGGAUAAAUGAUCUCAAAUACUUGAUAUAG